CUCGGGCUACGGCCAAUGCGCAUGGGCGCUGUCCUCUGCUCCCACGGACCCCCUUCAAUUUCCGCCGUGGUCGGAAACGUAGCGAACGCUGUUAGUUGUGUGUCAGCUGAGCGCUCCGGUCUCCGCAAUGUCUGGGGAAGAAGACACCUUGAGGGGAGGCGUAGAGGAAGGAGAGGAGCCCGCGGGAACCGUCGCUGGUCGGGCGUUCUCGGCGAAGCGGCCGGUGGACGAGGAAGAGCCGAUGAAGGAAGUGGCGGCGGGCGCUAACGGCUGCUCUGACGACCUUAGCUGCUGGGAGGCCAACAUAGACCCAUACCUCCUGGGGCUUGCGGAUGAUGAGGAGAAAUGCCGGAAGAUCCGCAGGCAGUACCGGCAGCUCAUCUACAGCGUCCAGCAGAACCGUGAGGACUUCGUGAACACGGCGAGCAUGAGCGACUCGUUGACCGAGGCCCUUGAGGAAGCCAACAUGCUGUUUGAUGGAGUGAGCCGAACCAGAGAGGCCGCGCUCGAUGCCCAGUUUCUGGUUUUGGCUUCUGAUUUGGGUAAAGAAAAAGCAAAGCAACUAAACUGUGAUAUGAGCUUUUUUAAUCAAGUAGCGUUUUGUGACUUUCUGUUUAUCUUUGUGGGCCUGAACUGGGUGGAAGUUGAUGAACGCGAUGAAUUCAGCGCCUGUGAUGAUAACAUAGCUCUCUCCUUCUGGGAGACGGUACAGAAGGAAGCGACAUCCUGGAUAUUGCGAGCUGAAACAUUCCAGUUUAUUUUUGGUUCGUUCGGGUGUAAGCCUUCUGCACCAAAACCCCGACUUGAACACCAGAAGAAAACUCACAAGAUGGAAGAAAAUGGGGCAAUGCCUCAAAAGCUGAGGAAGUUGGACCUGAGUAAUAAUCAAGAGGCAACAGAAAAAGAAGUAGAAAGAAUCUUGGGAUUGUUGCAAACUUACUUUCAAAAGUAUCCUGAUACUCCCGUGUCCUACUUUGAGUUUGUGAUUGAUCCAAACUCUUUUUCUCGUACUGUGGAGAAUAUAUUUUAUGUUUCUUUCAUUAUAAGGGAUGGUUUUGCGAGAAUAAGGCUUGACCAAGACAGGCUGCCAAUAUUAGAGCCGACUAAUAUUAACCAAGUGGGUGAGGGAAAUGAUCCCAGUUUUCCUGGCAGGAAACAAGGAGUUAUAUCUUUAAGUUUACAGGACUGGAAAAAUAUUGUGGCAACUUUUGAAAUUUCAGAGGCUAUGAUCACAAACUCAUACUAGGGGCUUUUGUUCUUAGUAUAGGCUGUAUUUUGUGGCGUUUCUAAAGUAUUUCAAAAUGGAGAGUAAAAUCCAAGAAGAAGCACAUAUUGUAUUUCAUGUAAAGUAAAAAAGUAUUUUUGAAACAUCA